ACUCUAUUAACUGAUUAAUGAUCAAAAGAUUAAGAUGUCGGAAGUAAGAGAUAGGUUAACAAGAUCAAACAACGGAGUUACGGAGAUGUACAAUCCUCGUCGAACGGCAAUCGGAAGCAUCAGAAUCUUUCCGGAUGAUGAAACCGAAAGGAGGAUUAAUCGGACUCCGUUUAGGUGGGGGUCAACGCCGUUGACCGGUUUUGAGACGCCAAUGCUGGUUUAUAGACGCGGUAACCGGAGUCAGAAUACGCCACCGUCUGGUAACAGUUCCAGUCGAGGUAGAGGCGGACGAAGUGGGCCCCGUGGUGUGUUACCGGCUUGGUAUCCGCGUACGCCUCUUGGAGACAUUACUCAUGUUGUUAGGGCGAUUGAGAGGAGAAGAGAGCGAAUGGGAGAUGGUGCUGAUCAAGAUACGUCGCCAUCUGAUGCUCAACUCGAGCAUGAUGUUUCGUUUGUGACCCCAAAGCCUAAAGUUGGAUCGAAAAUGUUCAAGCAGUCUGUGUUGGGACGGGUUUCUUAUAUAUUAACCGCGGUUGCUAAUCCAUGUGAAGGAGAGUCGGAGCUGCAGACGCCACAAAAGAAGCUCCUAAACUCGAUUGAUAUCAUUGAGAAAGAAGUGAUGGAAGAACUGUAUAGGUUGAAGAGAACUCCGAGUGCUAAACGGGCUGAGUGGGAGAAACGGGUCAGAACUUUAAUGUCGAUGCGAUAAAGAAGGCUUGGGGUGCAAGGUUCAACUCUCGUUGAGCAGGAUGAAGAGUAUAAAUAACCAUAGUUUUCAUACUUUGGCCAGAAGAACUCCCUGAAGAUGUGCCACUUCAGGCCCAUGGAGGUGGAAUAUAGCCCAUGGGCUGGGGCUGUGGUUGUGGUUCGGACUGAGCCCAUGGAACCACAUAACUAUUUGAGGGUUGCUGAGUUUGGUAGGGAUAAGUCUGUUUGGCGGCUGGUGGUGGCUGGAAGGGUGGAGAGGUGGUAGUUACAGAUGAUAAGGUGAGGCUUAAAAAGUCAAUCAUGUCAUCAGCUCUUGUUGUGUUCACUGGUGGAGGUGGAUCGGUUACGGUUAAAGCCAUACUCAUUGAAGGAUCCGCUGAUUCAUUUACCACACCCCCAUUUGGAGAUACAGUCGUUUGUGCUUUCGUGUGCCUGCAAAAAAGCAAUCAUAUAGAAACAACGUAAAACUGGAAAAAAAAAUAGGCACGUUGGAUAAAGGGUUAAAAGUAAAACACAACAAAAUGUAGAUCUCCGUUUGUGGGUCUUGAUUGGAAGAGACGGAGAAAUUUUAAUAUUCAUGAUAUUAUAAUGUAAUGUUUUUUGUUUGUUUGGGACUUCCAACUGCUGACCCCUUUGUUCUAUUUUACGGUGAUAAUAAAAUAGUUGCGGUUCAA